UGACAACGGCUCGCACUGGACUCACAGGGGGAGAAGCGGAUUUGGGUUUUUUUUCCCCUUUGCAGGACUGUGAAGGCGCACUGGUGGUCAGUUUCGCCUAUCGAGACCAACACACCCGGAGCUCGCUGUCCACUACGGCUGCUGAUCCGUGUAAGGAAAUCGCAUCUACAGGAUGGACUCCGUGAUGUGCUGUCACAGAAAAAUGGACCUAAACUUCAUGUGUAACUGAAAGAGAGAGAAAGAGAGUGUGUGAGAGAGAGAUUUGCUCUUCAGGAAUGCUAAUGCAGAAAGGCCCAGUCCUGCUUGGUGUUAAUACCGCUGAUUUACACGUAUGAUAAAAACGAGCUGAUUGAUUGGUCAGAGAGGGGUCGGCGUGUCAGCGAUGGGUCGUAAGUUAGAUCUGUCUGGCCUAACGGACCACGAGGCGGAGCAUGUGCUGCAGGUGGUGCAGAGGGACAUGAGGCUACGUAAGAAAGAGGAGGAGCGCCUCAGUGAACUGAAGCAGGAGCUGGACGAGGAGGGCAGUCGCUGCCUCCUGCUGUCACGGCAGAGUUGCUUCAACCGGCGCUGCUGCAUCCGCUGCUGCUCGCCCUUCACCUUCCUGCUCAACCCCAAGCGCCAAUGCCACGACUGCCGCUACAACGUCUGCAAGGCCUGUCGGGUCUACAACAAGCGGGACAAAGCCUGGCUCUGCUCCGCCUGCCAGAAGAGCAGGUUACUGAAGACACAGUCACUGGAAUGGUUCUAUGCUAACGUGAAGAAGCGCUUCAAGAGGUUUGGCAGCGCCAAAGUGCUGAAGACUCUUUACAGGAAGCACCUGGUGGAGCACGGGGCGCUUUCAGAGCUAACUGAGGGCAGCGCCUACGAGGAGAGUAUCUGCAAUGAGGGCAGCAUCUGUGGGAGCGACUCGGCCUUCUACAGACAAACUGAAGAGCACAGCAUGGCAGAGACGCUCACUGUGGCCUUGCGGGUGGCAGAGGAGGCAAUAGACGAGGCCAUUUCCAAGGCUGAGGUCAACACCGCCAGUCAGGAGAAGCAGAAUGAGGCGCAUUAUCUGCGGGAGCACAGAGGAGAGCUUAUUGAAGAGCUGGCCCAAACUAUUGUGCAAAAAAUUAUUAGGAGGAGGAAGACUUUGGCUGAGAUGAGGGCAGAAUAUGCCCAGGAUUGGACACUGGAACACAACACUGACCUUCAUCAUCAUCAUCAGUCUGCCUGUGAUCAAGCCUCUGGCUCCCUCAAACACCAGCCAGGCCUCUGGAGGUCGCACUCUGCCUUCUCAUUGUUGGACAAUGACCCUCCAGGUCUGAUAAAAGACUCUCCUCAGGCCUUAAAGAAGGACGGAGGCGGUUCAGCCAUGUCGACCUGGAAGAGUGUAGACCGGCUGGACAAUGCUGUGCUGAAGAGCCCAGACGGGAACUGGAUUGCCCUGCAGAGUGCCCAGCUGUCACGUCCCAGCCUGCUGACCAAAAGGAAGAGUCUGGUCUACAGUGUCUUGGAGAAGGAGUCUGCAGUGGUGUCUGCCUAUGAAGGCAUGGGCUCUGACAACGAAACCAAACCCGAGCCCGACAGCUCCUGGGGUGCCGCCCUCCAGGAGAUACACAGGAAGAUGACGGACUCUAACUUCAACCUGCAGGACACCUGCAACAGGACCCCGUCCCCUCUGACGAGCCGCCGAGGCAGCAGAGACAAUCUGCUUUCAGACUCUGAAGGGAACUGGAAUCCCAACAAACCACUGCUGGCCCUUUUAAAGCGGAAGGUGCCUGCGGAGAUCAGACGACCUUCAUCGUCCUGCAGGACCAGCAUCAUCGACGUGAACUUUAACUUGGAGGGAACAGGAGAGGCGGAGGAGGAAAGGGAGGCUGCAGAGCAGGAAGUGGGAAAAGUCAGGAGGUCACGAAAGAAAAGGAAGAGUAAGAAAGAGUUAGCAGCUUCUUCUGUGCUGGAUUACAGCAAAACAGACAUCCACCUUUCUGACACUGCGACCCCUGACACUUUGACCUCUGGAGCCACGACCCCUGAACCAUUUGACAUCACAGGACACGGAGCCUAUCAGACAGAGCAGGAGGUGACGUCAAAACUACAACAGCUGGCAGGCCGAGUUUCUGACUGCUCCACCGGUGGAGAAGAAGUUGAUGAAGUCAGAGGUGCUGGCCGUGAUGGACACAUUGAGGAAAAGAGACGAGGAAGCGAGAGCAGAGAUGAAGAAGAUGGGAGGCUGUGGAGGAUGGAGAUCGAUUUGGAUGAUGGGAAGACGGACGAUGAGGAGAAAGAGGAGGAACAGAAGGACGUAGAAGAUGAAGAGAUGGAAUACAGAUUGUACCAGCUUGUCGCACAGUCCAGACUCAUGUACUUCACGUCUGCUGAUGAUGAGUUAGACAAAGUUGUCCGGAGUGAAGGAAAGUGGGAGAGAGACGAGGAUGAGCAGCAGGACGAAGAGCAGAAUGAGGAAAAGACAGACGGACUUGCUUACAAACUCUGUCAGCUGGAAAAAGAAGUCAGGGCGAACCAGUUCUCCUCCACAGAGGAUGAGCUGGACAGAGUGGGCGUCGUGGACGAGGAGAAGACGACAGGAGUGGAGGAGGAGGAGGAGGAGGAUGGGAAGAAAGAGGAGCUGGCUGUGAAAGUGUGCAGAUUAGCUAACCAAAUCAACGUCACCCAGUUUUCCUCCACCGAGGAUGAGUUGGACAGAGCAGGCAUAGUUAAAGAGGAGGAGGAGGAGGCAAUAGACGAAGAGACGCUGUGGACAAGACAGGCAGAAAAGGCCGUUCAGGCCGCACAACUGCGGGAUUUGUCCAGUCUAGUGAGUGCUUCUCAGUUUUGUUCCACUGAGGAUCAGCAGCUCAGAGCGGCAGAGAAUGAGGCUGUAACUGAAGGGGGACUUCUGGGUAGUAUGUGGGAGGAGGCGGUGGGAAAGAAUCGGGACAGGAGAGAAUCGUUCGGAGAUUUGGAUGUGAAAAUGUUUGAUUUGAGGGAUGAAAUUGAGGAGAGACGGAAGCAGAGCAGUGAUGAACAAGUAACAGCUGAGAAUGUUCAGACAAAAGACGUCCACCACGACGAAACAGAGGCAGAGAAGAAUGAUUGCGUGGAGGAGAUUGAGGAUGAAAGGAUGGUGAAAGGGCAUGUGUGUGUAGAUAAAGUAGAAGUUUUGAAAGAGGACGAAAAAGAGAGACAAGCCACAGAAGCAGAGAGAACAGAGGAAAUAAUAGUCUUGCAUGAUACAAAAGUCCAGCAAGACACUCAGCCGGAGGCAAAGUGGCCAGACGGAAAGGAGGGAGAAGUGAGACGGGAGGAGGAAAAGAUCAGCGAAAGUAAAGAGAGUCCAGAGAAAUGGGAGACUGCAGCCGAGAGCGAUGAGGAGGAUGCAGAAUUUGACAGAAUAAUCAGUAGCAUGUUGAUGAUGACUUUAGAGGACAUGCAGGGAGAGAAAUUAAUGGACGGAGCUGCAGAAAAUGUGGAAGUAAAUGGAGAGCCAGAGGAUACAGAGACCUAUGAAAAGGUAAAAAUAGGGAGAGAAAGUGGAUUUGAGGACAAGGAUGUUGGUGCACAAAGCGCAAAGGCAUCAGAGGAGACAGAAAGUGCAAAAGAGCCUCAAAGUCGGGGUGACAACUUGAUGCCAAAAUCAGCUGUAGGAGAAAGACCGAGACAAAAUGUAACUGAGCGACUUGGAGGAGACAUUCACAGUAAAAAAGAGAGUGGAGACGCGACAGACAGAAGUGAACAUGAACAGGAGGAAAAAGACACAGAUGGACAGGAAAACAGGGAUUUAGAAAAAGAAAAACCUCCAGCUGUAACAGUCAAAGAGACCAAACAGGCCCGCGAGCCAAUAGAAAUGGAUGGUGACCAACAAGAGGACCGAAGAGGAACAACUGAAUGGCAAACGACGGAGACGCAUGGAGACGCCGCAGGGGGAGCCAGUGGACGUGAAGAGACAGAUGAAAGACUCGAGCAGAGCAGCACGUCUUCUCUUCAGGAGGGUUUACUGUCACCGGAGGAGAUUCAAAUCGGUAGUGACACGGAGCUUUACAAAACAAUAGAGUUUAUAUCAACUCUGCUGGAGCAGAGAUACUCGGCUGUGUCUCUGCGCAGCAUCACCACUGAGGUUCUGAAGGUGCUGAACGCCACUGAGGAGCUGCUGCAAGGGGUGGAGGGAGGAGAGCACCCCCAACCCCCAGCCACAUCACUGCCCCCCGACACCGACCCCAAGAAACUGGACCAGCAGUUCUCCAGACUGGAGGAGAAUGUGUACGUGGCAGCCGGCGCGGUGUACAGCCUUGAGGCGGAGCUGAGUGACCUUGAGGAGUGCGCCAGGGGCAUCUGCAGCUCCACGUCCGAUAUGGAGCUGACCUUUCUGGAGGAGCAGGUGGCAUCUGCAGCUGCCAAAGUUCAGCAGUCUGAGCUACAGAUUUGUGACAUCUCAGCCAGAAUUGCUGCUUUGAAGAGCGCAGGCCUUAACGUGGACACGCAGUCACGCGCCGCUAAGACCAGGACGAUUCCAGUUAUGCCUGUCACCCUGGACUCAUCCAGACAGCUGAGAAGGAGAUUACCUGCACCUCCAGCUAAAGAAGACAAGGAAACCUAAAUCCUGGACCCAGGACCCCCCGCAGUACCUCCACCACAGCAGUGCCUUGACCCUGCCACUCUGCAGCCUACAGGCCAGUCCUAAGUGGUCCAUUCAGAUACCGUUUGCCUUAAUCACAUUGUAAACAAAACACGCCUCAGAUGAUUCUGGACUCUAAUACUGUAAGUGUAUUUGAUGUAGCUGUGCUUAAUCAGUCACCGACUGUUGAUUCUCAUGUCAUUUUAGCAAAAUGUAGAUAAAACUAUUUUAUUAUUGAGGACCGAACGGUUAAAAAAAAUGCAUCUGUUUUGAUCGGUCUGAUAAAGAGGAGCAGGUAAACCCUCAGUUUUUAGACAUUUUUAAAUUUCCGAAAAGUGAGAUUAUGAGUGAAAUUAUGACAUAAUACAGCAUGUGCACAAAAAGAAAACCCUGUUUUAAUAAGAAUGACAAUGAUAUUGUUAGACUUCAUUUUAACAUCAUUAGUCACUUAGGCACUUAGAGUCACUAAACUGAUCAGCAAUAGAGCUACUAAAACCUGCAAUUUACACUGUUUACCAUUAGAUCAUAAAUAUAGACACAAUCAUUGCAUGUCAGAAAAAUCCUGAGGCUGUGCCAUGUCUAAAAUAAAUAUAAAUCUGUAUUUUUCCAUGGCUAUGGAUGUAUGUAAUGUAGUAGUAUACAUAUUUUUAUUUUCUGCCUUCAUUGGUAAGUUCAGAAAAUAAAGUAAAAAUUCAAAAAGUUG